AUGGACUCGGCGCGCAGCAGCAACCGCCGCAUAAACAGCCUCCAGACCCGCGAGCGUCUGCAGCGACACAGCUCGGCAACCUCGCGCGCGAGCAGACGCCCCGUCUCCGCCCAAGAUGGCUACCUCUACGCCCUCCGCAUUGGCUACCUCCACUACCUGCUGCUGCCCCGCCAGAAGCGCGUCCAGCAUGUGCCCGCCGCCCCCAAGCAGAUCCAGCGCGUCUCCACCACCACCGCCGUCAACAUCUUGCAGGAGAUAAGCUCCAUCCGCGACUCCAAGAGCACUCGCUUCCCACAUGGCUUCAUGGGCGAGCUGGAGAAGCGCAUGACAAAGGUCCUCAUGGGCACAGAGAAGAUGCCCGAGUUUCGUGAUCCCACCGUCAAGCGCACCUUUGCCGUCUUCCUCAAUGCCUUCAAGGAGCCGCAGUCGAGAAGGAACAUGGAGCAGGACAGAAAGGUCGAGGGCCUGGUCCUCAUGUUCUUCUCCAACGCCACAAAGGAGAUGCAGAGGGGCAAGCAGCCGGGAGACGACAGCUGGAAGCUCAUGGUCGAUCGUCACCUGGCCCUCUUCAUCCGCCUGAUCAGCUCCACGCUCAGAGACCACGACUGGCAGCGCGACAGGCCUGAGCUCAUGCAGCGACUGCAGACCAUGGAGAGAAAGCUGUUGGUGCACGACCAAGAUCUGACCGCCGAGCACCAGCGCAAUGGCGGACAAGGCGGCACAACCAUCGAGGUCCUGGUCGAACGAUCCCACGAGGUCAAAGACAUGCCUCUGGUCUUGACUGUCUCGCGCAUCUUCUCUGUAUCCUACUCAGACGUCCAAGCAGACAUCAACAGAUACAAAGACGCCUGGACCGAGAAAGCAGCGGUGCAGGAUCUCAAGACAUACCAGGCCCACCUCAGCCUCAUGACAAACAUGACUUUGAACCGCGACGACUUUGAAUCAGAAGAAGCGUACGACACGUGGAGAAACCAAGAGACACCCGAGCUUUCACGCAUCAUCAUGGACAUUUUGCAGUCCAACCCGGAAUUAGCAAAGAGCUCAUCACAAGGCCCCGCUGCGCAACUCAGGUCCCAAAAUGCUUCAGUGGACCUGGGUUCAAGACAAGGUUCGCAAUCAUCCGAAAGUGGCGCAGCGUUUGGGCUUGACCAGGCCAUGGACGGUCUCAACAUGCGCGACGACCUAGCCAACGGCGACGAAUCGUACACCUUUAUUCCAUCCGAUACCCGCAGCUACUACCGCGCCAUCACAAAAGAAGCACUCACGUAUGAUUUGGCCGAUGCUCAGCACAACGAGGGGUCUACUGAGUACGUUGGGUUACUGUCCAAGCAGUCGCACGAGCUGCUGAGCGAAAUUGCGCUCAGAUGGAGGUUACCACAGUCUUCACGACUGAUUUUGUAUUUGGACGUCAUCCGGGAGAAGUAUAUUGAUCAAGAGCUGGACCUUGACAGCUUGGACGCAGCGUUCAACUAUGUGAAGGAGCCACCACCGCUACCAACAGACAAAAAGUCCCACCGCAUGAGCACUAUGAUGCAGAUGCAAACGCCAGAGACUGUGUCCGAUCGUUCGAAAUGGACUGUGCACGACUUCCUUCUCAACCAACAGAUCCUAUCGUCACUACAUGAUGCGCUACUGCGUGAACUUUUUGAGCUGAUGAUGUUUGUAUACGAUACAAAGGCGCCACCUCUGGGACCCAUCAUGUACAUCAUAACUAGUCACAUCUACGAAGAUCCUACAUUCGAUGCACCCGAAGACGAUCUGAACCAGUUCACAGAGCAUCUCCAACAAGCGCUUCGGCGGAAAGCAGGCGAUGUCUACGGGGAGAUGCUAGCAAAGAACAUUCCCGACACCAAAGAGGAUUGGGAGUUCUAUCAUGUGAUCGAGCUUGGGCGGGCAGUCGUAAAGCUGUGUGAGAAGAUACAGAAGCGCUACCGCAAGACUCCCGAGAUCAUGGGUGUCAGCCCUAUGAUGUGUCUUGUUGAAGAGAUGUUUCCCGCGUACGCAGCGGAUGCGAGAGACAUAGUUUCGCGCAUUAUGGAUGUGGCUCAUUCCAAGGGCGAACAAGUGCCCGUGCAAGAUGGGUUCGACCUCUACAAGGAGAUGGUCGAGAUCCGACGCAUACACAGCGACGCUUUACCAAGUCGCCGGUUCGCUUUCAACAUCGAGGGCUUGCUGCAGGAAUUCGUCUGGAGGUGGAUCGAGAUGGCCGAUACAAACCUCAUUGGCUGGGUCGACAAUGCAUUUAAAGCGGACCAGUUCCAGAUUCAGUCACAAAACCCUGUCCCUGCUGACGAUGAACGACAUAGUGUCUCCGUUGUGGACAUCUUCCGCUCCUUCAACCAGAGCAUCGAACAGAUUGUGGCACUGAACUGGGACGAAGAUCUCCAAUAUGCCAAGUUCAUGACGGCUGUGUCGAAAUCCAUAGGCAUUGCGCUAGCCCGGUAUUGUGACCUGAUUGAGCAGAAGUUUGCCAGGGAGAUGGAUCGCUUGACGCCGGAGCAAGAAGCCGCGGCACGCCAGACAAAGACGCAGCAAUGGGCGUCCAUGGCCAAGGAUUUGUAUGUGCAAAAGGAGGCUGUCGUGCCGUUUCAGUUUUGGCCCGAGUCACUGGUCAAGCUAAACAAUGUUGAGUACGCCAUGCAGCAGCUCGAUAAGCUCGAGCGAGAGAUUGGAGUGGAUGCUUGUGCAGAGGUUAUCCAGAAGUAUGCACCGCCACCAACCCAGCGCGUCCGGAACAACAACUUCGUCUUCACGAUCAAGAUCAUCGAAGCAGAAGACCUCAAAGCGUGCGAUAUGAACGGACUCAGCGAUCCAUACGUCGUGCUUGGCGACGAAUACCAGAAGCGCCUUGCAAAGACAAGAGUCAUCUACGGCAACUUGAACCCACGCUGGGACGAAACCAUCGACAUCACAACCAAUGGACCGCUGAACAUUGUAGCUACCAUUUGGGACUGGGACACGCUUGGUGAUCACGAUUGUGUAGGCCGGACCUCGCUCAAGCUUGACCCUUCCCACUUUAGAGACUACAUGCCGCGCGAGUACUGGCUAGACCUCGAUACGCAGGGCCGUCUGCUAUUGCGCGUCAGCAUGGAGGGCGAGCGCGACGAUAUACAGUUCUACUUUGGCAAGUCUUUCAGGACACUUAAGAGGACUGAGCGGGACAUGACACGAAAGAUCACUGACAAGCUUUCCUCCUUCAUCAAUCACACGCUCUCUCGACGAACGCUGAAAGCGUUGCUCAACCGCGGCAUCUCGGUGACAUCAGUGACCAACUACUUUCGCGCAGCUCGACCGCAGUCUGUCGUUCAGGGUCCAACGCAACAAGAUGUCACGCAAGCCCUCGAUCCACUGUUUCGAUACUUUGACGAGAACUUUGCCAUUAUGAAGCAGACGCUCACCGACGCCGCUAUGAUCAUGGUCAUGACGCGACUGUGGAAGGAAGCGCUGGCGACGAUAGAAUCGCUGCUCGUUCCUCCUCUUUCGGACAAGCUGUCGCAGCAGCGGCCACUAACGCAACAGGAGCUCGAUAUUGUCUUCAAGUGGCUCAAGCUGCUUUUCGACUUCUUCCAUGCGGCGGAUGAAGACGGGAAUGUCGAGGGUGUGCCCAUGGACGUUCUCAAAUCGCCCAAAUACCACGAACUGCAGAAUCUCAACUUCUUCUACUUUGAGUCGACGGAAGAUCUGAUUCGUACAUCGGAAGCCAUGGCUGGGGCCAGUGCGCGGCGACAACAGGAGACGGCGGCCAGGCUCAACAGGCAGCCUGGAGCACCGGCCAUGGGACAUCAGUUCGGCGGGGCAGCUGGCCUGGUGGGCAUGCCGACUCGCAAGCACAAGACGAUCAUGUUGAGCCGGAAUCUGGGCACGAUGAAGAAGGCCAAAGAAGAGAAGCGGAAAGAGGCACAGGCUGAGCCGAACGACGACAUGAUCUUGAGGAUUCUGAGGAUGAGGCCUGAAGCGGAGCGGUACCUGAAGGAUCGAAGCAGGCAAAAGGAACGACUUGCUGCUGCGCAGGCCGCAGAGAUGAUUGUACGACAGAGUCUGAACGCUGGCGGGGGACGAAUGACGGGUGUGGGCAUGGGCCGCGGACGAUAG